CACCGUUCAACCCCCGGACCCCCGGGCGUCUCGAAGCAUCACACUAAUGUGGGGUGGGUCGCUUUGAUGCGCAGCCAGACAGCAGAACCCAAAGUCCGUUUAAACUUCAGUCAGAACACACAGGCUGCAGGAGGACAGAGGGGGAGGCGUGGGGGGGCUACUUCCCUUAGUCUCAGGCAGAGAUCGGUGAGAGCAGAGUUGCAUCUAGCUCUAAGGAGGAAUAACCCUGACUGGGCAGAAACGGAAGGUACGGGGUGAGGCACCGGACCGAGCACUUGCAAGUCUUCGAGUCGUGAGUAGGGCGUUUAUCUCCACCUUAUUUAUUAUCCCUCAUCUAGAGUUUUUCUGCACGUCUUUUUCAGCCUCCUAGUAUUUAUCAUCAUGGCAUGGCCGUGCAUCACGCGUGCUUGCUGCAUCAACCGCUUUUGGACCGAGCUGGACAAAGGGGACAUCGCGGUGCCUUUGGUUUUCACCAAAUACUCGGAUGUGGCCGACGUGCAGCAUUUUCCCCAUCACCCGCAGCCGAAACUAAAGAGGGCCGCAGCCAUUGCCAUAGAAACCCAGCCCCAUCCCGAUGAGCAGGAGGCUGGGAAGGCACCGCCCGCGACGGGUGCCGCAGCGGCCGGUGACGGCUCUGCGUCCGUCAUGCGCCAAGACUUCAAGGCGUGGAAAGUGCGCCCCGAGCCCAGCUGCAAACCCAGGAAUGAGUACCAACGCUCGGCAGCCCCGUUCAAUACCGAAACUCAAUACCAGAAGGAUUAUAAACCCUGGCCUAUACCGAAGAAGCACGACCACCCAUGGAUCCCCAAAGCCAGCCCCACCGCCGCCACCGGCACCCUCGGUGGGCCGGAGCGCAGCGCGGGGAGCGGAGCGCAGGAUGUGGCCACCGAGGCCGAGAGCGGCGUGGAGAAGAGCGAGAUCGAGGAGAAAACACAGGAGAAAGAGUCAAAGGAGGCGACGAAGAGAAGCGUGAAGAGGGAAAAGUCAGCAGACAGACACACGGGGGAGAAGACAGAGAAACAUCUGGCUGCAGAUGUGAGCGCCGAGCAGAGGAAAGGCAGAGCGGCAGCGGACGCUCUCAACAGGCAGAUAAAGCAGGUUAUGACGACUUCUAGCUACAGGACUGAGUUCAAGGCGUAUAAGGAUGUGAAACAAGUGAAGGCCAUUAAAGCUCCAUGUCAGUACCAACCCCCAGUGGAGGAGACCAGUCUGGAAACCAGCUACAGCGCCACAUACAAGGGGGAGCAGGUGAAGGCUCACCCCGCUGACAACAAGCUGAUGGAGCGCAGGAGGAUACGCAGCCUGUACAACGAGCCCAGCAAGGAGCCUAGCAAGGACGUCUCAGAGACUGAGAGCAGCUCUGUUCUAAAGCUGCUGUAGUCAGGUGGAUAAACCAGUUUCUCGCACCAAACCAAAAAAGACACCAACAACAACAACAGGGAAAAUGGUGAAAAAAUCCAAAGAGAAGCAGAUUGCCAGUUCCCAGUCAGCCAAGAAGAAACCGUCUUUGGGCGCCCCAGAACCCAAACCAGAUGGAGCUGUCACAAAGAAGAGCAAAGAGAUUAGCAAUAGACUGGCGGAAGCGAAACAGUAAAAGUAGUUCCUCUCUACGCUGCGCGAUCAAAAAGGUGACUUGACGAAUUAGGCAAAAUUCUUCCCUUUGGUUUAGUUCCUUUAUUUACCUGUUGUUUUUGCUGGCCUGUCAUAUAUUGUUCAUCUUUGAAUGGGCACUGAUGUUGACCUUUUAGAAAAAUGCAAAUAAUUUCACUGCAAAGUGUGUGUGUGUGUGUGUGUGUGUGUGUGUGUGUGUGUGUGUGUGUGUGUGUGUGUGUGUGUGUGUGUGUGUGAGUGAGUGUAUUGUGUAUGACCUCUACAGCCUGCAGCCUGCUAGCAUCAAGUCUGACCCGACCACUAGACGUGCUGCUGUGCACUCCCACACCCUGGUGCUAUAUCUCCCAUUGUACAUGCUGUCUGGUUUGGACUGUGUGUGGCGUCAGACCAGAGUGAAAUGAUGAAUGACAAUGUCAUACCGCUGCAAAACAUGUUGUGAUAUUGUGCUUGUACUCUCGGCUUGCUCUGAAUGAACUCUGAUUAAAAUAAUGAUACAGGA